AAAGAAUUGAAGUUACAAAAAUAUAAAAAACAAGUAGUCCUUAAUAUGGCCACAUGGCUAAUGGCUCAGCGUCACGCUCAGAACCGACUACCCAUUUUUACCCUUAUGCCUUUGUUGGAAGGAAAAGUUGAUAAAACGACCUGAAAUAUUUGUUUUUCAGUUAACCAGAGAUCCCUCCUCUUUCCUUGCUGUCACCGCUCGAGAAUGGCUCUUCUAGCUCGAAACGCCAAUCGCAUCGUCCAAACGGCGCCGUACCAGAGGGCGGGCUUGGCCGCGGCAAUUCACACCACCCUCCCGGCGGCUUUCUCCCAACAGGCCUCCGCACCGUCGACUUACGCCGGGGCACCUCCUCCAUCCAACUCUUCCCCCACCGGACUUCCCAAGGCGGCGGAAUAUGUGAUCUCUAAGGUCGAUGAUCUGAUGAACUGGGCCCGCCGGGGUUCCAUUUGGCCCAUGACUUUUGGCCUCGCUUGCUGCGCCGUCGAAAUGAUGCACACCGGCGCCGCUCGUUACGAUUUGGACCGAUUUGGGAUCAUCUUCAGGCCGAGCCCUAGGCAGUCCGAUUGUAUGAUUGUUGCCGGAACCCUCACCAACAAGAUGGCUCCUGCUCUUCGCAAAGUCUACGAUCAAAUGCCUGAGCCUAGGUGGGUGAUAUCAAUGGGAAGCUGUGCAAAUGGUGGUGGGUACUACCAUUAUUCAUAUUCUGUUGUUAGAGGCUGUGAUCGAAUUGUCCCAGUCGACAUUUAUGUUCCUGGUUGUCCACCUACUGCCGAGGCUCUUCUCUAUGGUCUCCUACAGCUGCAGAAGAAAAUCAACAGGCGCAAGGAUUUCCUUCAUUGGUGGACAAAGUAAAGGCGAUGGGAGAACCUGAAACUGAACGCACCUUUUAAGUUGCCAUGAACCUUUGUAUGUUCUUGAAUUUCAAAGAAAGGGAUGUUGCUGGAGACUUGUAUGGUUUCUCUCGUAAAAAUUUUCAGUCGAUAAUAAAAACACAAUGUGUUCAAGUCGCAGUUGUUUUGGAUUGUAAAACAUCGCAGCUUGCAUCUGCUUGUAUUUUGUAUGGUCUUGACUCUUGAGCAGCUUUGCUACAAUCCAUUAUAUUUUACUCUGUUCUCUUUUUUUUUUUUAUCUUUAAUUAUAUACUACUAUUUUAUCUAUAUUUUCAAAAACACCUAAUACAUGUACUCUAUAUUCUUCUCGUCAAUAGUCAAUAUACUAUUACCGUACGUAUCUUCGAGACCAAGAAGUAAAAAUUACUUUCCAC